CGCGUCUCCCUUGUUGGAAUAACUAGAGGGACAAUUACCAGAUGGAAUAGUCCGCGGAGAUACUUCUGUCUGAGCCCAUCAAGGAGUCAUUUUGCACCUUUUUUUUUAUUGUCUCGGUUUGAACGCGGGUACGGAGGUCAUGUAUAUAAGUUCAAGGGAUUCCCAUCCCCUUCUUCUCCCUUCCCCGGAUUUUAAGAACGUUGGUUCCUAAUUUCUUACACCGUUGGCCUAUGGUGUUGCCUAUGCUAUAUCGAGUCUAGGUAAGGGGUUUUUUUGCUUUUCUUGUCUCCACCACAGGCAUCGUGUCGCUGUAGGGCUGCUGGUGACGAAAUACGUCAAUGGACCAUUAGCCUUGGCGGAGAUAGAACGGUCUUGUUUGCAGUGUGACAUACUGUGGUCCGAUGAAAGAUGUCUGAUGGGUAUCUGUGUCUAGCUCUUUAGGUCCACGCGAAACGAAUCCGUGUUGGGAAUCCAACGAUGAUGAUGACGACUGUCUGACCCGGUGGAAAACGUUUCUUUCCCAUGCAAAGCCAACACUCACCUCCGAGGCGCCCGGAUUUCUCGCGCUGGCAUGUCGACAUCGAUGAUGUGCUGAACCCCUAUCUUCCUGCGCCUCCAUGGCGGUGGUUGCCUCGACCCGUCUCCCAUUUUCUGGGAUAUCGAGGCCAUCAUCCUCCCCGGGCCCUGGGGAAUGUGGUGAUCGCGUUCUGGUCCCUGAUUGGAGCGUUUUGCGGCGUGUUGGUGGUGGCCGAAGUGUCCCUGCAUGUGUCAUCCUUUCAGCAGCAUAAUGCGCCUGUCAUCAUCGCGAGUUUCGGUGCCGCAGCGGUGCUCGAGUUUUGCGCCAUCGAUUCCCCCUUUGCUCAGCCGCGAAAUGCCGUCCUGAGCCAGGUGUUCGCUAGUGCCAUUGGGAUUGGAAUUGGGCGGCUGUUCGCCUUGAACCCCCAGGCCCACGCCAUGCCGGAAAUAGGAGGCGCCCUGGCAUGCGCCCUGACCAUUGUGGUCAUGGUCUUCACCAACACCGUGCACCCGCCGGCUGGGGCGACUGCCCUGCUCGCCGUCACCGAGGGAUACGACAUCGGGUGGUGGCUCAUCCCAGUCAUGCUCCUGGGGACCGUGCUGAUGCAGGCGGUCGCACUCGUCCUCAAUAACAUCCAACGCCGGUACCCCGUCUACUGGUGGACGCCCCAUCCGCUGUCGCCGCCCGAGAGGCACGAUUUGGACAGCGCUCGCCCGAGUAAAGAGGGGGAACCAGCGCCCACGGCCUCGGAGGACCAGCUGUUCGACGUCCCGGCGCAGGUCAUUGUCCAGGAAGGGAACGUGUAUGUGCCGGACAAUAUUUGGGUGUCGGCCGAGGAGAUGGAGAUGCUGCAGCGGAUUAGUGAGCGGAUGUAAUCACUGACGGAUUGUCCACACUGGUCUGUACUUAUAGAGGUACCUAGAGGUACCUAGACGCCUAGGUAGCCCUAGAUUACUACAUAGAUGCUAUCAUUCGCCGGCCAUAGCCCGCCUGGAAGCCUGGAGCGUCAGGCUGAAAGUCACGGUCCGAAAUGGACCAAUCAGCGAACGCCGCGCCACACGAAAGGCGGCGGUGACGUAAUGCAGCCAAUCAGCGGGCCGCAGAGUCAUCCACCAAAGAGAUUUUCAUUGACAGAGAGGUGGGAUUACACCUCUAUCCACAUCUCUUUUUCC